ACGUAAUAUUACUACAACUUCGUCAUGGAUUCUCCGAACUUGAGUACUAUAAUGAAAUAUUACUCAGUCAGCAUUCGAGCACCCGACAAUCAUCGCUACGAACACUACGAACCCGCCGCGGCCUUGCCGACGGUGUCGGUUACUUAGCUAAUAGCCUAUUUGGCGUAUUAGAUGCACGAUUUGCCGAACAAUAUAGAAGAGAUAUUGCACUUUUACAACACAACGCUCAGCACAUGGCUUCACUUUGGAAAAAUCAAACCUCCGUAGUCGAAGCGGAAUAUAAUUUAUUAAAGCGUAGCGAAGAUACAAUGAAUCAACAGCAUAAAAUGAUAAAUCAACAUAUGAACAAUUUGGAAGAAGCGUUCAAGAAUUUACAACACAAGGUUGAAACUAACAACAUAGUUAAUGACUUCAACUUAGGAACUAUUAUCGCAAGUAAUAUGCUCCACAACUUAAAGGGAAUGCAGGACAUGUUAUUGGACACCGUCACCGACAUCCACCAAGGACGUUUUAACCCACACGUGCUCACUCCGGAACAACUUAUUAAUGAGUUAAGCGCCGUUGCAAGCAAUCUACCAAGAGACGUGUCCCUGCCUAUUGACAACUUACACACGGAUCUACGCAAGAUAUACAACCUGUUGAAAGUAAAAGCAAGGAUGAUGGACGACGUACUUAUUUUCGAGAUAAGGCUGCCUCUAGUUAGCCGAGAUGUUUAUGAACUUCUAAGGAUUAUUCCGAUACCCAAAAGGACUGGAAACAAGAUAACCGCUGUUAUACCUGUAUCGGAGUAUGUCUCCAUAAACAUGAAAAAAGACAUGUAUAUUCCUGUCUCAGAAAAUGAUAUCAGAGCUUGCACAAUAUCAUCAGAUUCCUAUUUCUGCUACAUCAGGAAACCAGUCUAUCAAUUGAAAGGCGACAACAGUUUUUGUGAAUCAGACAAAUCGGGAUGCAAGACUGCCAGCACGACAUGCACAAAUAAUUGGAUCGAAAGUAACGCUCUAAAUACCUAUAUUUAUUUUUGUUGUGCACAGUGUCAAGUUCGAACAUUGUGCGCGGAUCAAGUCACCGCGCACCAGCUGACGAAUGCCGGACUUAUAAACAAAAACGAAUCUGAAGAUCUACAAAGGGAAACUAACGAACUUGGAGAAAAGAUUGAACAAUUGAAGACCACCGAAGUUAACGCCGAGACCAUAUCAUAUCACGAUAUUCAUCACUACGCCAUGAUAUACGUGAUUCUUGGAGUAAUCGGAACUACAGCAUUAUUUAUCAUAAUACGACGAACGCUCGGGAAAAUGCCGCCUACGCCGUCCCGACACAUCGCCGAGGAACCUCCGGCCGCCACGCCGCCCCCGCCCCGCGCGUCGCCGCGCUCCGUCGUCGUCACCGAGGCGCACCAACUCAGCGAUGAAGAUCACUGCGACACGUCAAAUCCUUCGCGAUUAGACAAGGCGACAUCCCCUUCAUUUAAAGUAGUUACUUUUAGUUAGAUUUAAUGUUUAUCAUGUUUUUUAGCAGCAUCUCCCUCUCCUCUCAACCGCCCCCGGAAUAUGUACAAGUAAAUUGCACAUGCGUCAUCGAGUAAAGAAUCAUGUGAUUAUUGUUUUUACCAGUCAUGUGAUUGAUUGCACCAUCAGCAUUUAAUUUGUAUAUAAACACUACAAUUAG